AUGUCAAAAAUUACUAGAUGUUCAUUUGACGCCCUGUUGACCAACAAGGCUAAACAUCAGAGACCAGUGGGCCUGCGCAUCACAGAGAAACACACAAGCCACAAAUGCAAGGGCACUGGGCACUCAACAAUCAAAGUCAUGUAUAUUUUCCUAGAUCUUUCUGAGGCGAAAAUCUUUGAUGUCAAGGCUUUCAGCUCUUCUUCCACCACUUCUGCAACGACACUCAAAGUCAUACAUGUCUUCCUGGAUUUCCCUGAGAUACUUGAGCUGGGACACUCCUCAGGAAGUCAUUGCUGUCAAGUCAGCUCAGAACAAAUGUUCAACACUGGCCCGACAGGCAGGCAUUCAACAGCCUGUUUUGCUGUACCUUGCAGUGUUCCAUGUGCUACCUUUUUCACUCAUAGGGAUUCUGGAGAUCAACAAAAAGAUACACCGCCACUGCUCUUUGAGGUGUCCUCGCUGGAGAAUGCUUUUCAGAUUGGAGGCCAUCCUUGGCACUACAUCAUUACACCCAAUAAGAAGAAACAGAAAGGAGUUUUCCAUAUUUGUGCCCUAAAGGACAAUUCCUUGGCAAAAAAUGGGAUCCAAGAAAUGGAAUGUUGUUCUUUAGAAUCUGAUUGGAUCUACUUCCAUCCUGAUGCUUCUGGCAGAAUAAUACAUGUUGGCCCAAAUCAGGUCAAAGUUUUAAAGCUAAGUGAAGUAGAAAAUAAUAGUGCCCAGCAUCAGAUCUCUGAAGAUUUUGUCAUUUUGGCCAACAGAGAGAAGAACAAAAAUGAAAACCUACCCACUGUUACAGCUUCUGGACGAGUGGUAAAAAGAAAUUUUAGCAUUCUGGAUGAUGACCCAGAACAAGAGACUUUCAAAAUUGUCGACUAUGAAGAUGAGUUGGAUUUGCUUUCUGUCGUAGCUGUUACUCAAAUAGAUGCUGAAGGAAAAGCUCACCUGGAUUUCCACUGUAAUGAAUAUGGAACUUUACUUAAAAGUAUUCCACUCGUGGAGUCAUGGGAUGUGACAUACAGCCACGAAGUCUACUUUGACAGAGACUUGGUGCUACACAUAGAGCAGAAACCCAGCAGGGUGUUCAGCUGCUAUGUUUACCAAAUGGUAUGUGACCCUGGGGAAGAAGAAGAAACCGCAGACAAAAGGAGUAAAACAGAUCACAAUAAUUUUAAAUUUUGAGAUGUAACUUAUUAAACUUCUAGCCAACCGCCCCAGGAGCCAUGUCCCGUCCUCUUUUUUAUUAUCUGCAUAGUAUAUUCUCCAGUGUUUUCCAGAAAAGGUCUUGUGUUGACUUCAGAUGAUUGUGGCUUCUUUUUUAAACUCUGGCCGUACAAGGUGGUGAGGACUUCACUUUAUAUAAAGGUUUUUACAAUAACAUCCCAAGAAGCCUAGCAUUUUGCAGUUUUUUAGGUGGGUGGUGAUGCAAAUAUAAAAUACUGAAAGUCAGAGAAGGAAAGUUAAUUCUAAUUAUUUGGAGGUCAUUGAUUAGGGAGUGUUUAGCAUGGUUAUUAAAGGAUGGCAUGGAAUUUUGAUUGGUGAAACUAGGAGGAAGAGACAGAAGGAUACAAAACAUAUAGAAGGAGAUCCUGUAUCCUGUCAAUCAGACUUGAAGGAUGGAAGAUGAGAUCUAUAAUAUGAAAGCAUACUUGGAAACAAAACUGUGUCAUCAUGGUUUUUAAAAUAUAUAUAUGUGUGUGUGUUUUAUAUUAUAUAUAGUAGCAGAAGUUGACUUUUCCAUGGUUUUUUCUCUUUGAUGUUCCCAUUGGUUUUUUGUGUUUCUGUUAAACUAAUAUAAGAGAUUUCAAGCAAGCUUUAAGUGAUUUUUUUCCUCAUACAUAGCCUGUUUAGCUGUUAAUACAUCUAAGAAUAUUGUACUCAUUUCACCAUUCUAUUUAUUUGGUGAAUCUGCCAGUUCUGCUUAGGCAAUAUUUUUAUACUUAAGCGGUAAGAUAAAGGUAUCCUUGGUUAUACCAGCUCUGCUCCCUGUGGGAAGAAUAGAUAAAGUCCCAGGAGUUCUUAUUAGCUUGGAAACUGACUGACAGCUAGAGAAAGCUUUUGGUUCUAUCUUAAUUGUGAAAUGAGUAUUUUUUUACUUCUUUGUUAGAACCGAUGGAAAUAUGAUUCUUGAACUCAGAUAAUCAUUCUUAAGAAUAUUAAAUAAAAGCAACCCAAGUAAAGGGA